CGGCCCCUGGCUAGGGCUGUGGUCCCACCACAGCGAGGGGUGCGUGGCACCGCUGGGGGUGUGCACAGAGUUGUUGCUCCCCAGGAUGUGGCCUCCUCCCAGCUUGCGCUUGCUCUGGGAGCUGACGGCCGUAUUUAUGGAUUGGGUGGUUAACCAGCCGUUUUGGCCAAGUGUCCCAAAGGCCUCAGAGCCUGUGGCUUGGACACGUUGCACACACGUCUCGGGGGCUGCAGAUUGGCAGCCUGGGUGGGAUGUGGCUUGGUGGAGUGGGCUGCCUUGGCCUGUGAUGGGAGGGAGCCACGAGCCCCCUGGGCCAUGACCCCCAGCAAUGGACACAAGCCUCUCCUCAACCACAAGCCCCCCUGGCCAUGGUCUCCCCCUAGCCACGGGGCCCCCCAUCUGCUUCCCCACCACCCACCCACGACUGGGAAACCCGACCGUGAGCGGGCAGGGGGCACAGGGGAUGCCCAGGAGCAUCCUCAGACAUGAGGUACCGGUGGUGUCCCCCGGCCGUGGGCUGUGCUGUGUGCUGUUUACCGAUAUCGGCUUUAUUUAAAGAAACCCAACCCAAACCCGCCCCCGGGGCUCGCAGCGGCGGCGGGGCCGGGCAGGGGCGGGGGCGGGGGUGCGCUGAGAGCGGCGGGUCCCAGCCCGCCCCUUCCCCGCCCGCCGCCGCCAUGGGCACCGCGGGGCCGCUCUGCGCCCUGCUCCUGCUGCUGGGCACCGGGACCGGCACCGGCACCGGGACCGGCCCGGCCCCCCCGCGGGUGCUGCUUGCCCUCCUGGCCCGCAACGCGCAGCACUCGCUACCGCACUUUCUGGGAGCCCUGGAGCGCCUGGACUAUCCCGCGGGGAGCAUCGCCCUGUGGUGUGCGACAGACCACAACUCUGACAACACCACAGCGAUGCUGCAGGAGUGGCUGGGGGCGGUGGGGAAGGACUAUCACUCAGUGGUCUUGAAGGUGCAGGAGGAGCCCAGCUCCUACUCUGAUGAGCUCGGGCCCAAGCACUGGAGUGACAAACGCUACGAAAACGUGAUGAGGCUGAAGCAGGAGGCUCUCACCUAUGCCCGGGAGCAGCAGACAGACUACAUCCUGUUCAUGGACACCGACAGCAUCCUGACCAACAACCAGACCCUCAAGUUUCUGAUGGCGCAGAACAAGUCAGUGGUAGCCCCCAUGCUGGACUCACAGACCUUCUACUCCAACUUCUGGUGCGGCAUCACGCCCCAGGGGUACUACCGCCGGACAGCCGACUACUUCCCCACCAAGAACCGGCAGCGGGUGGGCUGCUUCUCCGUCCCCAUGGUCUACGCCACCUUCCUAAUCGACCUGCGGAAGGAGGAGACCUCGCGGUUGGCGUUCUACCCACCCCAUCCCAACUACACCUGGGCCUUUGAUGAUAUCAUCGUCUUCGCCUACUCUUGCCAGGCAGCUGGUGCAGAGGUCUAUGUGUGCAACCAGCACCGCUUCGGCUACAUCAACGUCCCCGUGAAGGCCCACCAGACGCUGGAGGAUGAACGUGCCAACUUUGUGCAUCUCACGCUGGAGGCCAUGGUGGAUGGCCCCCCCAUGCAGCGCUCCAGACACAUUUCCCUCCUCCCCAAGCCGCUCACGAAAAUGGGCUUUGAUGAAAUCUUCCUCAUCAACCUGGUGCGGAGGCCGGACCGGCGCCGACGGAUGCUGGUGUCCCUGCAGGAGCUGGAGAUCGCCCCACGGGUGGUGGAUGCUGUGGACGGGAGCACCCUCAACAGCAGUGACAUCAAGGUGCUGGGGGUGGACCUGCUCCCCGGGUACUACGAUCCCUUCUCUGGCCGCACGCUCACCAAGGGCGAGGUCGGCUGCUUCCUCAGCCACUACAACAUCUGGAAGGAGAUUGUGUCCCGGGGGCUGGAGCGGUCGGUGGUCUUUGAGGACGAUGUGCGCUUCGAGGCCGCCUUCCCGGCACGGCUGCAGCGGCUGAUGGAGGAGCUGGAGGGGGCACAGCGGGACUGGGACCUCAUCUACCUUGGGAGGAAGCAGGUGAAUGAGGAGGAUGAGGCGCCCGUGGAGGGUGUGCGGAACCUGGUGGUGGCUGGAUACUCGUACUGGACACUGGCCUACGCCAUCUCCCGCCGCGGGGCACAGAAGCUGCUGGCCGCUGAGCCCCUCUCCAAAAUGCUGCCGGUGGACGAGUUCCUGCCCAUCAUGUACGACAAGCACCCCAAUGAGGAUUACAAGCGGCACUUUGCACCCCGGGACCUGCUGGUGUUUUCGGCUCAUCCCCUCCUGGUUCAACCCACCCACUACGCUGGGGACAGCAACUGGCUGAGUGACACGGAGACCUCCACCAUCUGGGACGACGAUGCCAAGAAGACCGACUGGGCUGGCUCACAGAAGACCCUGAGGGACUCGCGGGGCGGUGCCGGCCACCUCCGCUCCACCGCCCACGACGAGCUCUGAGGGGACCAGGGAUCGUGACCCGGCUGGCAGCACUGCAGGCCAGUGGCCUGAUCCUGCUUGAGAGACGCAGCCGCCCUGGCUGGAUCCCCCCAGGAUCCUUCAGAUCCACGUGUGUUGAAUCCACCCACGGCAGGAUCUGUCCUUGCCCUGCCUGGCAGAGGGACCAGGGGAGCGCUGUGCUCUGUCUCUGCAGAGGACAUGUCUCCAGGACCGCCCUGAGUGAUGCCAACUCCACCAUCUCCCACCGGUUUGGACUUUGGGCAGCGCUUUUCAUGCCAGGGACUAGCUCCUGUGGUGCUAUAUGUGGCUUCUUGCCACCAAUGGGGAAUUGUCCCUCGCCUGUGCCAUGUCUGGGCUGAAGUUCAGGGAGGAUUAAAGCAGACUGUGUUUGA